GGCCGCCAUGCUGGGGAAGACAAGUGCUUACUUACAUCAAUUUCUUUUCGCUCCUCCAAUACAAUUCAACAUCUUCCCCUCUCAGUCCGCCUCUCCCCGCGAGCUGCCUCUCCUGCGGAUGGAUAAGAAGGACGCGCGGCAAUUUCAAUUCUGGGCCGUGACCGUGACAAUGGAUUGACCGUCUCACGCUUCCGCAACUAGCUCGCCAACUUGUUCCCUCUGCCUUUAUCACCCCUGUCUCAAAACACCACCAGCCAAUAUUGUCUUGAGACAUGGCCCAGAACGGCCACUCAAAUGGUUCAACGAGCCAUGUCUCCGAGUCCAUAGCCACAGAGCGCACACCACUUCUGGCCACUGGCGAUAUCGCCCCAACCGCAGACCCAACAGUAUCCGAGGCCACGACGCUGCAGGGCUCUAGCGCCGGCACCUUCUCAGAGAAUACAGCUGCUGAUGCAGAUGACGAGGACGAGGACGACGGCCGGCCCUUCCCAACAUGGCAGAUCUUCUGGAUCUGCUUCGCUCGCCUGGUCGAGCCGAUGGCCUUCUUCUCCAUCUUCCCCUACAUCAACAAGAUGGCCCAGGAGAACGGCAACCUUGAAACCGCCGACGUUGGUUUCUACAGCGGCCUCAUAGAGUCGCUGUUCUCGCUCACCCAGGCCGUCUUCAUGUUGUUCUGGGGCCGGGCCUCGGACAGGCUGGGCCGGAAGCCCAUCCUCGUUUUCAGCCUGGUCGGUGUCACCAUCGCUACAGCCCUGUUUGGGUUUUCCCGGACCAUCUGGGAGAUGAUCCUGUUCCGCUGCGCGGCUGGUGUUUUUGGGGGCACCAUCGUUACCAUGCGCACGAUGCUGGCCGAGCAUAGCACCCCUCGCACCCAGGCCAAGAUCUUCAGCUGGUUCGCCUUCUCCGGGAACCUGGGCAUUUUCAUUGGGCCGCUCUUGGGUGGUGCCCUUGCGGACCCGGCGCACCAGUAUCCUGGAGCCUUUGGGCAUGUCAAGUUCUUUCAUGACUAUCCCUACGUGCUCUCCAGCCUGGCUGUUGGGCUCCUGGGCCUCGUUUCCGUCUUCACGAGCGCAUUCUUCAUCGAGGAGACGCUGAAGAAGGAGCCCAGCUCGGAGGAUGGGGCCGUCAAGCCCAAGAAAGAAAGCGAGAGCAUCCGGAGCAUUGUCAUGACACCCGGUGUCGCCAUUGUUCUGUACGUUUACGGCCAUAUCAUGCUGCUGGCCCUAGCUUACACGGCCAUCCUGCCCGUGUUCUGGUUUACACCGGUCGAUCUGGGCGGCUUUGGCUUCACCCCAAUCCAGAUGUCACUGAUGCUGUCCGUCAACGGCGUCGCACAGGCGUCCUGGCUGCUCUUUGUAUUCCCGCCCCUCCAGCACCGGUGGGGCACCAACAAGGUCCUCCGCGUCUGCGCGAUAUGCUACCCCUUCUUUUUCGCCAUCUGCCCCCUGGGCAACAUCGUGCUGAGGUCCGGCCACGACCUGGCGUUCUGGAUAUCGGCCCCUCCCAUCCUCUUCAUCGGCAGCGGGAUCGCCAUGAGCUUCACGGCUAUCCAGCUGGCCCUGAACGAUGUGUCCCCCAGCCAGGCGGUCCUGGGCACACUGAACGCCCUCUCUCUGACAUUUGCCUCGGUCCUGCGGGCUUUCACCCCCGCGACGUUCUCGAGUCUCUUCGCCCUGGGGGUCGGGACCCAGUGGCUGGAUGGCUAUGCUAUUUGGGUCCUGAUGAUCUUCUUCGCGAUGGGUUUCACCGUGGUCGCGAGGUACUUGCCGGAGACGGAGAAGAAAAGGCCUGCUUCACGGGGACAAGAAGCGCAGGAAAGCGCCGAGGAGGACAGGAAUUGAGGAGUCCAGCUGUUGUGCCUGCAACGAGUUCUGCGCUCUACUGCCAUACGAGGAGACUCAUCUUGAUUUUAGACUAGACAACAAUAUAGUUAAAAUUCUGCAUGUGAGGCACGGUUGUGCCACAUGUGGCGAUGUAUUUUCA